UCAAACGACACCAGUUUUGUGUAAACCACAGUGCACACCACUACCACCACCACUACCACCAACACUACCACUACUAUUGCUGUUACUACCAUUACUACCAUUGUUGCUGCUGCUGUUGCUACCACAUGGCUACUCCUGAGGACGGCGUGGAUUCGAGUUACGGCUCGGGGGGACUUUUCUCAGCGUCUGAACAAGUUGAUGUCACAACAGCCGUCACCUGCGAUGUGCUCUACGUGGGCAUCCUCACUGCCUUCCUCGUCGUCCUGGUCUCUUUUUUCGUCAUCUUUCCGACGUUUAAGGGCCCGGAGGAGAAAUUAAAGGUGUUCUUCAGAGUGGCUUCCUGCAUGGUGCUUGGACUCGUCAUUAUGGUGUGUAACUACGGGCAGCAGUGGGAGGUCGGAGUGAUCACCACCUCCACGCCUUACAAAGCAGGCAGUGGGCAAGAGAUUCGAGCUCAACUGGGACUGUACCUUGGUCUGCGAUCGGUCAACAUUACUCUCAAAGCGGUAGAUGACCCUCGCGGAGACUUGGCUGGAGAAAAGAUCGACUACAAUGAAAGGUUUACCUGGACGUGGGCUCAAGGCAAUGCGGGCUUCGGUCCUAACGCGGGGACUUUACAACGGGAGUUUCGACGAGCACAAGAGACGGGCCUCCCUUUACCGAUCCUGUGGGCCGCUGAGUACUUCAUCAUAGACGGAGAAGGGAUUCGUUUCGGGAGGCACUAUCGUUACUCUGGUUGGUUCGCUCACAUCUGCGUCUGGACUGCCUUUCCGUUGUGGAUUGUGACGAUGGUUCUCUUCAAGAUGGUGAUCAGGAUUGCUGCCCAGACCCUCGCUUUGACAGGCAUCAUGCUCCUAUCAUCUGCCAUCAUUUGGGCGACCAACAGGAAUUACACUGAACUACAGAUACCUUUCGAGGAUGGGAUCUUAACCACCAAAUACGGACUUCACUGGUACCUCGCACUUGUCAUGGGAGCGUUGUGCACCGUAGCGGGUGUCGCCAUCUAUCUGUACGACUAUCACCAUCCUGGCUCAUCAACUCUCAAUGCAUUUUUUGGCAACAACCCGUACAGUAUCGUGGAGGAGGUGACCCGAGUGGAGGAGGAGGAAAAACCACCCCCAACAACCACUACUGGAACCAAAAAACCCUCCAUGCGGAAGGCAGGGCGUCGGGUGGUGACAACACUGAAAGCUUUCGGCACCACGCAUUGUCUCAAGAAAGUGACCCACGUGCAAGGCGGAGACUGGUCCACGUCCCCUUCUUUCUCACAAAGUUCAGAGAACAGCACCCGAAGACGAUAACAACGUGGGAGAGCAAGACCCCAGCGAGCAUCCUACCGAACCAGUUCCACAGUCUGGAAGCUUCAAGUCUCCUAAGCGUCAGUACUCACUCCACGAACAGCCAAAGGACUUUCCAACCAGCACUCACACCCAAACCUACCACAACCAAGCCUUCAACGACACUGAUGAGGAACCGGGGCCCUUCACGAGGCUACUGGGCGAUGUCUAGCCAGGUCAAGUUCUGAGAGGUGACUUGCCAUUAGCACAUCAGGAGGACAAUGCAAGAAGCCAACAACCCUAACCAAACCUCCCAGUUCUUCUAUGAUACUUAUAUACAUACUGUUUGUAUAUGAUAUGUGAUGUAUUGUGCCCACCCUCCACCUGUCAUCAUAGCUCUCCCCCAUUCAACUGUCCUCUCCUCCUCCUCCCCCACCAAUUCACACACACACACACACACACACACACACACACACACACACACACACACACACACACACACACACAUAAUAUCCAGACUUGGAUCUCUCUCUCUCUCUCUCUCUCUCUCUCUCUCUCUCUCUCUCUCUCUCACACACACACACACACACACACACACACACACAAAUAAAUAAGGCAGUGAUUCCCAAACUUUCUUCUGUCAUUUCCCCCUGCACCCAGUUCAACCAUCCAGAUUUCCCCCUUCAUGUGUACGAGAGAAAGAGCAGUUAAAACACACUAAGACUAUUUACCAAUUUAUUUUUCAAAUGUACAAAUACACUGAUAAACUUAUAGUUACAGAGUAAAGUGGAUAGAUACAGUAUAGUAGCUUCAAAUUUCCCCCCAGGGGAAAAUUUCCCUCAGUUUGGGAACCACUGAUCUAGACUUUGACAUCACCCUUCCACCCCUCCUUCUCUCUCUUUCUCUCUCUCUCUCUCUCUCUCUCUCUCUCUCUCUCUCUCUCUCUCUCUCUCUCAUGUUGAUUUUUUAAUAUUUUUUACAGAUAAGCAUGAUUUAUUAUAUACCUUCCAAGAUAGUGUAAGACAGUGGGAUGGUUGUUAGCGCAUGGGUUGCCUAGCCAUUUCAACGGGUCGCCAAGGACUUUUCCCCAACAUACCUGUUCAAAAUGUUAUGAAAGUAGUAAAGUAGCAAUCCUGUGCGUAGAAUAAUCAGGUAAUUAUUAUAUAAGAAUAAAAAUCAGAGAGGCA